UUUAAUUAUAGAAUUUAAAUUAUAUAAAUGUGUAUACGCUUAUAUAAAAACAUUUGGUAUAUAUUUUUUAGCCAUGGAUGUUCUAUCAUUUUUAUAUUUUAUCUUUGUUUUGCAACUGUGGUAUGUUGAAAUAAAAGGAAAUUUUAAUGACUGUCAAACCAAAGAAGAUUGUGGUGCAUGUAUCAAAUCUGUAUCUCCACAGUGUGCUUGGUGCGAAGAUAUCUUUUACAAUUACACAUUAAAAAAUUUCUACAAGAAGUGUGAUCUUUUGGAAAACCAUGAAAAGCAAAAAUGCAUCAAGAUUACAAAUCCUCCAUCAUCGUCAAAGAUAGAAAAGGCGGCACAGCUUGAAGGAGAAACUCGUGUUUCUCCACAGGCUAUCACUGUAAAGCUACGACCAGGUCAACCAGUCUCUGUUGAUAUUGAAGUAAAAACGCCGAAAAAUUUUCCUAUUGAUUUGUAUUAUCUUAUGGAUAUGUCUACUUCUAUGAAAGAAGAUCUUGCGAACAUUCAAACAUUAGGAGAAGCUUUAGCUAAUGAACUUGACCAAGUUACAGAAAACUUUCGCUUGGGAUUCGGGUUAUUUGUUGACAAAGAUAUAGGACCGUACACAUGGUUUUGGAAUGAGAAAAUACGAUCUGAUACUUCAGUUCAGCAAACAUUUUCUUUUAAAAACCGUUUACCACUUAACGAAAAUAAAGCAUUGUUUGGAGAAGCGGUUAAAAACACUAAAAUUUCAUAUAAUGUCGAUAGUCCAGAAGGAUCAUUAGAAGCAUUGCUGCAAGUAGUUGUCUGUGAAAAAGAAAUUGGAUGGCGUAAUAAAAAGAAAGCUAGAAGGAUUGUAAUCCUUACUACUGAUGGAACCUUCCAUUUUUCUGGUGAUGGACUGCUUGGUGGUUUUGUUUUACCAAGUGAUGGAAAAUGUCAUUUAGAAAACAAUGACUAUAUAGGAUGGAACAAGUUUGAUUAUCCAUCCUUAUCCCAAAUUCGAGCAUUGAUGGUUGAGAAUGAAAUAGUUCCAAUUUUUGCAACCACGGGUAACACAGAUCUAUAUAACAAAGUAGCAAACUUUUUUGGCCAAGCAUCUGGUGCAGUAGCAGCUCGGUUGAAUAACGAUUCAUCAAAUGUAGUUCCUUUGAUCAAAGAAGCAUACUUAAAAAUUGCUCAAAUUGUUAAUAUAAGAGCUGAUCCGCCAAAAGGUGUUGAUAUAAAAUUUCGAGCUAAGUGCAGUAAAGGGAAGCUUACAUUGGAUCAAUCUUUUUGUAAUGAUGUUGAUAUUGGAGAGCAGGUGACAUUUAGUGCUGAGAUGAAAACAAGUGACUGCAGCAACGCAGAAAAAGAUCUAGAUUUUUUAAUCAAAACAAGCUUUGAUGACGUAAGCGUGAAAUUACAAGUUAUAUGUGAAUGUCCAUGUGGAAAUACAAGCAUUCAAAAUAGUGAGCAAUGUAGUAAAAGAGGAAAUUUGAGUUGUGGUAUUUGUUUUUGUGACAAGGAAAAAUUUGCUGGACGAUUUUGUCAGUGUACUUUGGAAGAAGCAAACAACCAAACUCUUUGCAGAGUGCCAAAUGUUGAGUCUGUUUGUAGCGGAAAAGGUGAUUGCGAGUGUGGCGAAUGUAUUUGCAAUAAAGGCAUGUUAAAUGAGUUUGGUGAAAUUGAUCACAUCUAUGGUGAUCAAUGUCAAUGUAGUAAUACAACAUGUGGAAGAUCUAAUGGUGGAAAGUUAUGCGGAGGACCAGAUAGAGGAAUGUGUGAUUGUGGAAAAUGUUUGUGUAAUGCAAAUUGGCAAGGAAAUGCAUGUGAAGAGCAAUGUGAUAAAGGCACAAGUAUGUGCAUGAAUAAUGAUGGGGUGGAAUGCAGUGGAAAAGGCACCUGUAAGUGCAAUAAUUGUGUUUGUAAUGCUGGUUACAUUGGUGAUUUAUGUCAAGAAUGUGUUUCGAACUGUCCAGAUGCUUGUCAAGACUUUAGAGAAUGUGUCAAAUGCAAAGUAUUUGAUACAAGUGAUUUAAACAAAGAACAGUGUGAACUAGAAUGUGCUAAAUGGAACAUUUCUUCUUUUAAGCUGCAAGAUAAAGUCCCUGAAGUACGUCGCUGUAUUGUUCGUGAUGAAGAUGAUUGCUCUUUUGUAUUUUCAUACAAUAAAAAUAAUAUCACUGGAGAAAUAGAGCUUUUGGUACAACGUGAAAGAAUUUGCCCUGCUGAACCUGACAUUUUGGCUAUCAUUCUUGGAGUAAUAGCUGGUAUUGUGGGAAUAGGUUUGGCUUUGUUACUGAUAUGGAAGCUCUUGGCUACUAUUCAGGAUCGACGCGAGUUUGCUCGUUUCGAUAAAGAAACCAAGAAUGCAAAAUGGAACACUGGAGAGAAUCCGAUCUUUAAGCAAGCCACUUCCACUUUUCAAAAUCCUAUGUAUGGCAAUCAACCUCAAGAGACUCCAGAAGAGCACGUGUCUUGAGUUUUUCAACUAUAUUAGCAAUUUAAGAAACACUGAAAUUUCAACAAAUUUCGGUUACUAUAGUUACAGCUGAUCGUUGAAUAAGAGAAAAAAAAUAUUUUCAAAUGAAGUUCAACUUUUUAGUUAGCAUAGUAAUGUAAAUAAGCGAGGACGAGAAGAUAUUUUAUAAAUUA